AAAAUCUGUCAAUUUCUGCCGUGUGGUCACGUGACCUCCUCCUCCGUAGAGUGGAUGGAGAUGGCUCUCCACGUCAGCCUAUACGUCUCCAAAUGUCUGCUUGGCGAACUUGCUUCAAAGAGGCAGGAGGCACGGCGCUUCAGAGCCAUGUUCAGGGCGGUUAUAGAGGAUUCAAACCCCAACAAAGAGUUAUAGAAGAGGGUGAACUACGAUGAUGGAUUUUGACGAAAGGGUCCCCGUCGGAUCGAACAUGUAUUUGCCCAGCUGCACUUAUUACGUGUCGACGGGGGCUGAUUUCUCCGGUCUUCCCUCGUUUUUAUCCCAGACCCCGUCCACCCGCCCCAUGACAUACUCUUACUCAUCUAACCUGCCGCAGGUCCAACCCGUCAGAGAGGUAACGUUCAGGGACUAUGCAGCCAUUGAAGCGUCUGGUAAAUGGCCGCACCGGGGAAACUUGCCCCACGGCUACCCCACCACGGAGGACAUGGUGCACCGGGACUAUCGUUCGGCUCAAACUGCCGUCGUAGGGGACAUGUUCGGUAAAAACAGCCCCGCAGCCGCCGCCGCCGCGUACCACCACCAUCACCACCACCAUACGAGCGCCAGCUCCGCAUCCAGCAACUUCUACGGUAACGUGGGUAGAAACGGCGUGCUGCCUCAAGUCUUCGACCAGUUUUACGAAACGACGUACGGGAACGCGUCGGAGAGCUCCUCCACGCACGGCUACUCAGGGGACAAAACGACGAGCAAGCAGCCCAGCUCGGCGCCGGAGGACGAACCGUCGGGCAGGGACGCGGAGGCGAAGGAGCAGCGGGAUGAGGCGAGCAGCCCGCAGUUAUCUUCCGGCAACAGUGAGGAGAAAUCCAGCAGCAGCAGUGGACAGAGGACCCGUAAAAAAAGGUGCCCUUAUUCCAAAUAUCAGAUCAGAGAACUUGAAAGAGAAUUCUUUUUCAGCGUGUACAUUAACAAGGAGAAACGCCUGCAACUCUCUCGGAUGCUCAACCUCACCGACCGACAAGUGAAGAUUUGGUUUCAGAACCGUCGCAUGAAGGAGAAGAAACUGAACAGAGAUCGAUUACAUUACUACACGUCCAACCCUCUGCUUUAGGGGCCACAGGAGCCCCGUGACAGCUUCCUAAGUCCUGCGCUGUGGGACCGACCGCGUUUACAGACAGACUGACUCUCCGGUGACGUCGUGCACCACAUUGGCCGCGACAGCAGCGACACUGCUCAAUGCUUGAUUCCAAGUUCGAGGACAACAGUAUCCUGCGAUGGGAAUUACCGACAGAAUGAACAAUGAAUUCAGCCAGGCUGUGGACUUUGAUUUCACUCCUCAAACUCUCUUGAGGAGAAUGUAGAAAAAGAUUUGUUGUUAAUAUUAUUGUGAUUCACAGACGCCUUGUUUAUCUUCCUUUCUCGCGAACAGAAAUUAGUCACUAAUUGACUGGCCCCGUGUAUUUUGUAAUCAAAAUAUUUUGUUUUAACUUUCUUUCUGUUUUUAAAGUCAGAAAAAUUGUGGAUUUUUGGACGAUGGUGGCUAUGUACUUAAAUAACUGAAAUUAUAUUGGUGUGACCAAACAAUGAGUUCAAACGGAUGAGAAUGUAAUGUGAUUAUGUUUUGUGUGCUUAUUUAUUGUGUGGCCACUCGUUUACUAUCUCCUUUGAUGCCAUGGCUAACCAAGUCGAAGUCCAUUAUUACGAGCAGGCUAUUGGGAUUCCGUGUUGAGUCUGGGCUGACCUUUUGUCGUCUUUCCAGUAUAGCCUGCAGAAUGAGGGCUAUACGUAUUUAUAUGUUGCGUAUAUUUCAACACCCGAAUCCAUUUUGUCUUUUGGGAUUUUUUUGGAGACUAUCAGUCGAGUAUUGAUAAUGCAGGCCCAAACCAGAGAGAUAAGCUUGUCCACUGGAUCCUAUGCAGUUGCACUGAGGUACAGGUCCAACAUAUGCACACAGGUAUGCAGCGGGCCUGUUUGGUCUGAUAUUGAUACACAUAACAGAAUAUUUUUUUCAUUACUCGUGAUCCUUUGGUACUUGCUAUCUGACAAAGAUUUUAAAAAAGCUACAUUUUCCAGUGUGGUAACAGGGCAAUGCUGGUCAGGGUCAUUGCAUUGAAUCAAUUGCUAGGUAUGCCCAAUUGUGUAUUAUACUAUAUUUCCAAAUAAAAAACAAAUGAAAAGAU